UCGAGAUGGAUCUACACUAUGCCUAGCCAGAAAUGAGAUGUGUAAUCUGCUUAAACUUGAUGUCUAAUUAAGUAGGAUCAGAAUUCUUAAUUGUUAGGUAUUUUUGGAUUAAUGCAAUCACUCCUUCUGUUUUGAAUGUAUUCGAAAGUGGUCUGAAAAAAAUCACUAAUGUCCAUAUUGCAGAACAAUGUUUUCAAGUUUUCAUUAAAAAAAUGUUGAAUCGAAAAUGAUGUAAAUUCUAUUUAAUCAUAAUAGCAUUAAAAGAUUUGAAGCUUCAACAAUAGUCAAUAAUACAGAAGAUAAACGUCUCAUGGCUUUGGCUGAUUUAGAUAAUACUUACUACGAUUUGAUUUUACAACAAAUUGAUUCUAUAUGA